AUGUCCUCGUCUUUGUCGUCUUCUUCUCCCGUGUUUUUCUUCGCCAAUACGCGGCAGAGAAUGAGGUCGCGCGACUCCUGCUGCGCUUCUUUGUCUUCUUCUUCUUCUGCAAAACCUUCGUCGUCGUUUUUGUCGGGAGGAGGAGGAAGGAGGAAGAGAAGGUUUGCCCCCCCGGCGGCUUUGAGGAAUGCCGCCAAAAACACGAACGAGAGGAUGACGACGAGGCGAAGAAGCAAAGAUGACUUUAAUAACGCUGAUUAUUAUUAUUAUUAUUAUCAUGAUUUUUCUGCGACGACGCGGAGAAAAAGAACGACGACAACAACAACUUUACCGACGCGACGACGAGCAUUCGUUUUUAGUAGUAGGAAUAAUAAGAGAGGAAGGCGCAGUAGUAUCGCUCAUGCUGCUGCGGAUGCAAAUGGUGGUUCUACUGAUGUUUUCGAGGAAAUGUCUUCGAUUCGAACGCGGAAAUAUUACCUCGUCGGAGGGAAAGGAGGCGUCGGGAAGACGUCGUUGUCCGCCUCCUUGGCGGUGAAGUUUGCAACUUCUGGGCAACACCCGACGUUAAUCGUCUCGACCGAUCCGGCGCAUUCUUUGAGCGAUUCUUUGGCGCAGGACGUCUCGUCCGGGGUUCCCGUCGCCGUCGAAGGUACGGACGGGAUGCUUUGGGCGAUGGAAAUCGACACGUCGCAAGCGAAGAGUGAGUUUUCGGAGUUUUCAAAGAGCGCGGAUUUUACCAAAGGCGCGAGCGAUUUUAUGGGGAGCGUUGGGUUGAGCGGCAUUUCGGAUUCGUUGCAGGAUUUAAAGUUAGGGGAGUUGUUGGAUACGCCUCCUCCCGGGUUGGACGAAGCGAUUGCUAUUGCAAAGGUUGUGCAGUUUACCAAGGAUGAGAAGUACGCGAAGUUUACGAGGAUCGUCUUCGACACGGCGCCGACCGGGCACACGUUGAGAUUGUUAUCGUUGCCGGAGUUCUUGGAUAAAUCAAUCGGGAAGAUUGUUCGUUUGAGACAGAAAUUAACCAGCGCCGGUGAUAUGGUGAAAGGUUUGUUUGGUCAGGAGAACCAAAAUCAAGACGCGGCGGUGGAAAAGUUGGAAAAUUUGAAGAAGCGUUUACAAGAGGUGAAAGAUUUGUUCCGGAAUAAAGAGACGACGGAGUUUGUCAUCGCGACUAUCCCGACCGUUUUAGGCAUGAGCGAAAGCGGUCGACUGUUGAAAUCUUUGAGAGACGAAACGGUGCCGUGCACGAAAAUCGUCAUCAACCAAAUCUUAAACGUCGACGUCGCCGAUUUCCAAGACGCCGCGGAUGCCUGCAACGCGGCUGCGGAAAAAUUGAAAACGAGUACCGACGAAACGAGCAAAGACGCCGACGUCCAAACGUUAAUCUCCGAAAGCGAACGCUUAGCCUCGGCUUCUAAAAGAGCGGUCUCUUUCGUCCGAAUGAAGGAAAAAGACCAACGAAAAGCGAUGGAAAUGUUAGACACCGACGCUGGUCUCAAAACCUUAAAACGCAUCGAGGCGCCGAUGUUCGAUCUGGAAAUUCGAGGCGUCCCGGCGUUGAAGUACUUCGGCGACCAAGUUUGGUAA